CUAACUAUGCAGACUGCAGUGCCAGUGCCAGCCAUGACAUUUCACUUUGUUGGCUUGGCUCAGAAAAUUACAUCAAGCAAGCAAAUAGACAGGGCGCGGUGAAUUUUUCCUUUUAUAUGUUAUUAUAUAUUGUACCGGGUUAAAACUAAACCGAGCACGUAACUGCAAUUGUUGGAACCUCUUAAAUAUGUCAUCAAUUGAUAAUGAUAGCAAAGUUGAUUACUCAAUUUCAAGUGGAGUUAACGGUGAAAAAGAGUCCCCCAGCGACCUCGAUACUGACGCGUAUCCCAGAAAAAAACCAAGACAUGAUGAUGGCGAUGCAUCGCCUAACAUAUCUACAGAAAACGAAGAGCAUAGUUCGUUUGUAGCAGCACAUUACAAUCACUUAGAAGAAAAGGGUUUGAAAGAGAGAUUUAAUUCUCCUAUUUUCUAUGUCAGAAACUUCAAUAACUGGGUUAAAAGUGUGCUGAUACAGGAGUAUACAGAUAAAGUAAGAGAAAAAGAUUAUGGGAGACCAUUGAAGGUGCUUGAUAUAUGCUGUGGAAAAGGUGGGGAUCUCAGCAAGUGGCAAAAAGCUCGUGUAGAAAAAGUGAUUUUUGCAGACAUUGCAGCAGUCUCAGUUCAGCAAUGUCAAACUCGCUAUGAUGACCUCAAAAAGCGAUGUGGUCGGCUAUAUUCAGCAGAGUUUAUUGCAGCAGAUUGUACUAAAGAAACAUUAAGAGAUAAAUAUGACGAUCCUUCAAUCGGAUUUGACCUUGUUAGCUGUCAGUUUGGAUUACAUUAUAGUUUUGAAAGUUUAGCUCAAGCUCGAAGAAUGUUAACUAAUAUAUCAGAAUGUUUGAGACCUGAUGGCUACUUCUUUGGAACAAUACCAGAUGCUAACGAAAUAGUUUCAAGGGUCAAAAAAUCGCCAGAAAGCUCAUUUAAAAAUCGAAUCUUAAAUAUUAAAUUACUUUUUGAUACUAAAAAUGGAUUUCCCUUGUUUGGGGCAAAAUAUGACUUUCACCUUGAAGGAGUUGUUGAUUGUCCAGAAUUUUUAGUCAAUUUUGAUUUACUGGUUAAAUUGGCAUCUGAGUAUGGGCUUGAGUUAGUGUACAAAGCUAGAUUUGCUGAUUUUUAUAAAGAUCAUUCUGAAAAAUAUAAACAGUUAUUGCAAAGAAUUAUAUGCUUUGAAAGCUAUCCUGCGCCUCCAGGCAAAGAAUUAAUUGGUGCAGACAUUGAAUAUGAACAUGCACUUAAUUUCAGGGAAAGUAUGGAGAAGAAAACCGAACAAGAUAGAAUUGGUACAAUGAGCAAGUGUGAAUGGGAAGUUGCAACAAUAUAUAUGGCAUUUGCUUUCAAGAAACAGAAAUCAUACAGAGAUUCAGAAGGGAAAUUAGUUUAUAAAUCAUCAUCAAAAGAAUAGUAAGAAUGAAUAAGGUCUUCUUGUUGAAAGGUGAUCUCUUAAAUAAAUGUUUAAAAUUUA